UUUGAUGUUGCGGCAUUGCGGGAACGACAUAACCUCAAAAAAGUCAAAACAACAAAACGAAACUCUACAAAACACUGAACUGUAACAAAGAAUUCAACUGCCAUGGACAGUUCUUUAAGUGACGAAGAAUCAGAUGAAAUUCAAGUGGAAGCUAAGCGAAUGAGACAUGAACCAAAAAACUACAAUUUUAGUCGAAGAUAUGAACGAACCAGACCUCGGCGUACUCGCCUAGUAAGCAGAGAUUCCAGUUCAUAUCAGCCUAAAGAAAGUAAUUUGCAGGGACUGAUCUUCGAUAACGGAGCGUACACUAUAAAAAUCAAUUAUUCAUUUGAAAAUGAAACAAGAGUUAUACCAAAUUGUAUAAUGAAGGCCAAAUCUGAAAGAAAACGACUGUUCAUUGGUAGUCAAAUAGAUGAAUGCAGGGACUGCUCAGGUUUAUACUAUGUGAUACCAAGUGAAAGGGGAUAUGUUACUAAGUGGGAUGUGCAAAAACCAAUCUGGGAUUUUGUUUUCAGUAAAAAUGUGUGUCCCAUAAAUAAUUAUCCUCUUAUUAUGACACAACCCUUGUUUAAUUUUAAGUCAAUACAAGACUGUAUUGAUGAAAUUAUGUUUGAGGAGUAUGAGGUUUCUUCAAUGCUUCGAGUGAAUCCCACAGAUCUUGCAUUGUUGCAGUAUCAUCAUGAAAUUGGUGCCAAACCUGCUUGUAUUAUUGUCGAUUCAGGUUACAGCUUUACCCAUGUGAUUCCAUAUUUAGAAGGCAAAAAAUACAUGAAGGCAGUGAAGAGAAUCAAUGUAGGAGGCAAAUUGUUAACAAAUCAUUUAAAAGACAUCAUAUCAUAUCGCCAGUAUCAUGUGAUGGAAGAAACUUUCGUGAUUAAUCAAGUAAAAGAAGAUACUUGUUAUGUAUCACAAGACUUUAGAAGUGAUUUAAAAGCGUCUGAGUUACCACCAAGUAGAAAUCACAUCCUUCGUAAUUACGUCCUACCUGACUUCAACAAUAUUCGAAGGGGUUAUAUUCAAGAUCCAGAAAAGAAGGAUGAAAUAGCUGAAAACUGCCAAAUUCUUCGCCUAAAUAAUGAAAGAUUUUGUGUGCCAGAAAUAUUGUUUCAUCCAUCUGACAUCGGUAUAAAAAGCUUAGGAAUUGCAGAAGCUAUUUAUAAAUCAAUUUUUUUGUGUCCGCAAUUUUAUCAGAAAGAUUUAGCGAAAAAUAUUAUUUGUAUUGGGGGAAAUACAAAGUUUGAAGGGUUUAGAGACAGAUUAUUCAAUGAAGUCAGAUCUAUGAUUCCAGCUUCAUGGGAAGUGAAUGUUUACAAGCCUGCAGACCCCAUAUCCUACAGUUGUAAAGGUGGCAAAGUUUUAUUGAAAGAUCCCACUCUUAAAAGUAAACUUGUGACUAAACAACAAUAUGAGGAAUAUGGGUUGAACUUUAUCCAAGAAAAGUUCAAUGAUUGGUCUUGCCCAGAUAUCCAUGAAGAUUCACAACCAAAACCCAAAACAGAACCCUUUAGUUACAUUGAUCAUAUAAAGAAAUAUGAUGUGUUUGGUAAAGGCAUUCUGUUGGAAGAAUCCAAUGAAAAUGCAAAUAAAAAUGAAGACGCUGAUUUAAAUUCAAGAAAAGGCGAUGAAGAGAUUGACGUUUCUAGCAAAAAUAAUGAAAUGGAUGAUAAACCUGAGCAGAUAAAACAGGUAUUGUUGGACGAUAAAUCUAAAAUCACUAAGAUACUUAAAAAAAAUACACGAAGUAGUACGACGCCUGUUAUUUAUUCAGUGAAAAUCGUUUCUUCUGUAUCAAAAGCCUCAUGAGUUAUUUUGAUUACGAUUUUUUUUUUUGUAAGAUAUUUAUGCUUUAUUUAAUUCCUCAAUAGACAGCAUCACUAUUUAGAGCUAGUGAGAGCUGUGGAUAUUUUUUAAUUAUAAGAGUACUAAAAAUAAAAAAGAAUUGUGAUUUUGUAA